AUGGAGGAGCACAAGGAAGACCAGCUAGAUUAUGAGUCAGAGAAAAUGGAAAUCUUAAAAUUGGCACAGUCAAAGAAAAACAUUAACAGUUUGAACAUGGACCUUGAGAGGGAUAUGCAGAGAAUAGAUGAAGCAAAUCAGGAUCUUCUUCUCAAAAUCCAAGAAAAAGAAGAUGAGAUUCAGAGGUUGGAAAGUGAGAUCAUUCAGACAGGAGACCUGACAGAAGAUGAGGAGUGGGAGAAGGAGAACUGUACCACAACUGAAAGGGAAAGAGCCUUGCAGGAGCUGGAGGAAGAAACAGCAAGAAUUGAAAGGAAGAAUGAGACUCUGCUUCAGAAUAUUGCAGAACUUCAAAGAAAGCUUACAAGGAAAGCACCUAAGAUAACUAAAUGCAAACAAGGCGAUCUAAACGGAACCCCCGAAGAGACAAAGGUUAAGUUAGAACGGCUGGAAGCUUCCUGUGCAGACCAAGAAAAGGAGCUGGCCAAGGUCAUGGAGGACUAUGCAUUUGUGAUCCAGCUCUGUGAAGAUCAGGCUAUCUGCAUAAAGAAGUACCAGGAAACGCUGAAGAAAAUAGAAGAAGAAUUAGAGACUCGGUUCCUUGAAAGAGAAGUAUCAAAAGUCUUGAGCAUGAACUCUGCAAAAAAAGAGUGUAACAGUCAAAAAAAUGAAAAUAAUUCUAUCCGAAAGAUACUGGCACUGUUCUGUAAAAGGUUUUUUCGAUACUUCUUUUUUAUCAUCCUAUUUUUCAUCAGACUGCUGGGCUACAUGUUUUUCCAUAUAAGUUAUAUAAAUCCAGAUCUCCUUAUCAACAUACUGCCCAGGAUACUGAACAGGGGCAUCUUGUGGAAGCUGAGAUGCUUUCUCUUUCAAUCUCUCACACUUGAGGCAGAGGACAUGAUACCUCACUGA